CGGUGUCGUAAGAGUGAUUACGGGUGACAGGCAAAUUGUUGUGGCAUACAAAGAUACACAAUCAAGAGAAAAAUGCCGGAGCCUGCUAAGUCUGCCCCCGCCCCGAAAAAGGGAUCAAAAAAAGCGGUCACAAAGACCCAGAAGAAAGGAGACAAAAAACGGCGCAAAACUAGGAAAGAAAGCUAUGCGAUUUACGUGUAUAAAGUGUUAAAACAGGUCCACCCGGACACCGGCAUCUCCUCCAAAGCAAUGGGCAUCAUGAACUCGUUUGUCAAUGACAUUUUCGAGCGUAUCGCAGGCGAAGCUUCUCGCUUAGCCCAUUACAACAAGCGCUCAACCAUCACGUCACGCGAGAUCCAGACCGCUGUGCGACUGCUGCUGCCUGGAGAGUUGGCCAAGCAUGCCGUGUCUGAGGGUACCAAGGCUGUAACCAAGUACACCAGCUCCAAGUGAACUGACCGUCCAUACGAUGUCAUCGAGAAGCCGAUGGUUGACCCAUCCGCCCAAUGGCGGAGAAGGAUGGCUAUCUUACCCACGUACUUGUUACUGAGAACGCUACUGGAAAACAUUACGCAAGCCUUGUUUCGCUCACUAAGUAUGAAUGAACUCUCCUUGUUGCGGCUAUUUGCUUGCUGAGUAGAUGUGCACUGCUUUUGCUCAUUAUGCGUCCAAAUUCCGUUAAUUUAAGACAUGCCGCCUUUAACUGUGACGUUCAUCAUUGCAUGUACGUGUAUGGUUGCAGAUGCGAGAGCAAUCUGAGCUGUUGGUCCCUCGAAGGAAAUUUGAUAGGCUUAUAUAGCCUAGGGCAUUUAAUUUCCCCAGUUUUUGCCUUCAUCCUCCGAAGGACUUGCCCAUUUUGAAGGUUUCCCCUCAAAUGGUGUAAAAUGCUGACGGCAAUGUCAAUAUCGUUGUUUAAUGUGCCGUUAAAUAUUGUAUGUAUAUAAACUCAUGUCUUAACUCCUGAGAUGUUUUUAUUUUUCGCUACUGUGUAAUAAAAUCUACCUUGAUUUAAAAUUCUAAAA